AUGGCAAUGCUUGUUGGGUCACUUUUUGGAUUGCUUGUCAUAUUAGCAUGUUGUUUUUGUGAGGUAAAAGCAGCGCCUGCCUACUUUGUGUUUGGAGAUUCGCUUGUGGACUAUGGCAACAACAAUUACCUUGCCACCCCUGCCAGAGCCGACUUCUAUCCUUACGGAAUAGAUCAUCCCACUCAUAAACCUACAGGCCGAUUCUCUAAUGGACUCAAUAUUGCGGAUUUUAUAAGCAUGAAGCUGGGGGUAGAAUCUGUGCUACCAUAUUUGAGUCCUCUACUUAACGGCGAUGCAUUGCUCAGGGGUGCUAACUUCGCUUCUGCAGGCGUUGGGAUUCUAAACGACACUGGAGUACAAUUCUUAGAGAUCAUCAGGAUGCCACAACAGCUCCAGUAUUUUGUACAAUAUAAAAACAGGGUGGCACAGAUCCUUGGAGUUGCUGCAACUGACGGACUUGUUGCGGAGGGUCUUAUAUCGAUUACUCUUGGAGGAAAUGAUUACGUCAAUAACUACUACUUCACUCCGAUCUCCCUGAGAUCCAUUCAGUAUAGUUUACCGGAUUACACACAAUUUAUAAUGUUAGAAUAUAAAAAAAUUCUCAGGCAAUUGUACGACUUGGGAGGUAGAAAGGUGCUGGUAACAUCAGCAGGGCCAUUGGGUUGUGCUCCUGCAGUAAGGGCCCUCAGGUCUGUCAAUGGCGAAUGCGUUGGAGAUCUUCAGAAGGCUACUUCGCUUUAUAACUCACAGCUCAGAUCUGUUAUAAAUCAACUCAACAGUGAGGUUUCUGCUCAGGUUUUCACCUAUGCCGACAGCUACUCAAUGAACAUGGGCUUGUUCAAUAAUCCUGCAGCAUACGGAUUUGUGGAUUCAACAAAUGCAUGUUGCGGACAAGGAAGAUACAAUGGGAUAGGCCUCUGCACUCCGGCUUCAAGUGUCUGUAAAAACAGAGAUGCAUAUUUGUUCUGGGACAAUUACCACCCCUCUGAGAGGGCCAACAAAAUCAUUGUCGACCAAUUUUUUGAUGGCUCACCUUCUGUAAUGAGCCCUCUUAACCUUAGGCAGAUGAUGAAAUUAGAUGACUGACUCUUUCCCCCCAGUUGCAAGACCGAGCAGAUCAAUAAUACAUGGGCCACUUCUCAUUUAUUUCCGACUCUGAUGAAUUGUGCUCAAAGGCUU